AUGUACGAUUUGAAUGAUGAGAUCGACAUCGGAAGAUCUCGGAGGGAAUGGGAACCGCCAGAGAUAAAUAUUUACACAAAGAACGCGUCCCUAACGGCGGGCGAACCCAAGUUUCUAAAACCGGACAAGUACAGACUCCCUUCGCCGGCGGACACCUAUCUGGCCACACCGAUGGGGAGACGCGGCCGCCGACCGGUGCGGGCCGGUGAGGUCGGAAUUAGACGCUCUCUCAACAGCAACACGUGCAGUCACGCGAGUUUAGCACGUGCGACGUUUAGCAGUUUAAACGUCACGGACGACGUCAUCGCAACGUCAUCGCCGCUACGCACAGAUCAACGGGCGUAC